AUGAGCGACAAGCGUGGUUUCCGAGUUGAUGAAUUGUUAUCAGAUGACAACAAGAACAACAAUUCACAAGAAAAUGGAGGAAGAUCAACUGCUUCAGGUGGAAAUCCUAGCAAGACGCGUCGUGCUCGCACCGCUUUUACUUAUGAACAACUUGUAGCGCUAGAGAACAAAUUUAAGACUUCACGGUAUCUGAGUGUUUGUGAACGGCUGAAUUUAGCUAUCCAACUGCACUUGACAGAAACACAGGUCAAGAUCUGGUUUCAAAAUCGGCGCACCAAAUGGAAAAAGCACAAUCCGGGAAUGGAUGCGAAUUCUUCCCCAUCACCAACUACUAGUCAUUCAUCUACGGUCACAGUAUCCGAAAAACUUCAAGCUCCACCAACGAUACCACUCCCACCAACUAAUAUGAUCCCCUUCGGUUCACCACUUCUCUCCUUUACUUCAGUGCCUCAAGUUGGUACACCUCUGAUUCCGUUUAAUUUCUAUACCAUUAAUACUUCUCCUCUAGUCGUGCCUCAACGGUUACCGUUUCUCACCUAA